AUGCCUAAUUUAAAAGGAUCAAUUGAAAAUUUACGUCGUCAGUUACGUGCACUUCGAUUUAAUUAUGAAGUCAAUUUUCAAGGAAUGGUUCUAGGACAACCAUCUGCAUUCGUAGAAUUUUAUCGUCAUUUACUCUGUGAUUACAAUGCAAAGCUCACUAGUCAUUUGGUUGAACGUGGAUUUGGAAUGCUUGGUACAACUGACAACAGAUUUAUGGAAGUUUUUUAUCGUAUCCUCCGAGAUGUUAUUUCCUUUCGCCCUCCUGUUAAUUUAACUCAAUUCUUUAUGACUGGAUUCGCCGAACGUAAAAUUGAAAUGGCAACUACUGUUGCUCUUCGUAUAGGAUCUUUAAUUCAGCGAUCGCUUGUUAGUCGAGAAAAAACUGGCAUACAAAAUGGUCAACACCAUCAUCGAAAUCAACUUCUUAAUCAUCCUAAACCUAAUUCAACUAGUGUAUUUCAUUCUGAGCUACCUUUAGUACUUCCUGGAGUGUCAUAUCAUCGAUCAGUUGAACGAAGUGUUCGGAGUACAGAAAAUUUAUCAAUCUGUCAGUGUCCACAAGAAUCUUAUAAUCGUUGUUCCAAUCAGUCAAGUGUAAAAGUGACGAAACUAAGCAAGAUAGAACCUUUGUGCAGUGGUAAUUAUUUACGCGAUGAAUAUGAUAGAAUGCCUAAUUAUGCAUUGAGAAGUAACUAUGAUCAGUAUAAACGUGCAUACCACCCAUUGAACAGUAAUCCACGUGUUUGCGUCUACAGUACUCUACAUAAUAAUUGCAUAAGAUUACCUGAUGGCAAAUAUACUACACCGACUAGUAAGAUAAAUACACUGUCAACAAUGCCUCCUACAAAGCAAUCCAAUAGUGUAAACAAUACAAAACAAUUUUCAAAAGAUAAUUACUCUGCAUUGUUAACAUCAUCAUCAUCUCAAAAAUAUUGGAAUCCAAAUGACCAUUUAUUAUCAAAUGAUGGUAAUGUUCGAGCAACAAAUCACAAUGAGUCCUCUUUUAUACAUUAUGAAAGCAUUCGUAAUAUUAUGAAUUCAUUAGUUCAGUUAACUGGUAAAGUUGAUUGUAUGCUUGAUCGAAUGAAUAAAAUGGAGUAUAAAUUAACAAAUGUUGAAACAGGAUACAUGUUUAAUCGAUCAAGAACUUAUGGUGGACCUACUGUUGAUUCCAACCGACGUAAUAUGGAUUUGGGUGAUUUUUGUGGUACCGAUAGUGUUGUUGAACGUAAAAUACUUCCAAAUGUAACAGGUGAACAGAAUCUUUUAUCUAUGAAGACGGCUGAUUCCUUCUCAGUAACUCCUGUUAGUUCUACAUUGAAUACAUUCAGUGGAACACAGUUUACAAGUACAACUGGGACAACAACUUCAGCCUCAUUUCUUACAACAAAAACAUUAAACUCUUGUAGUGUUACAUGUGCAGAACGUCAUGUUUUCGGCGAUGCGAAUCAUGGAACAUCUGAAUCUUUCUACUCGAAACCUAAAUACUUUACUUCAACAAAACUGAAUAUACAAGAGAACAAUCCAACUUCUUGUAAAAACGCAGCAGAAAAGAUUCAAAGUUAUACUGCGAAAACUGCUGCACAAGAUUCUCUCGAUGAUCAACCUAUCAAAAUUGCUCCGAUUAUAGUCAGCCCACUUCCUGAUUCACAUAAUUUCAAUGAAAAUUGUCGUGAUAUAUCAAGUCGGCGCGAAACUUCUGAUUUAGUUCAAUUGAAAUACGUUGAUCCUUUGAAGACUAAAAAUCAAUUUUGCGAUUCACGUGUUACAAGUACUUCAUUGGUUGACUUAGAUUUAAAAUCUGAGAUCAAAUCUCCUUCGGUUGUCCGCAGUAAUAAUUCAGCGCUUGCUUAUUACCCAUGUCCUAAUUCUAUUGAUUAUUCUGUCAGCAAUGAAUCAUCGGAUCCAGUUGAUUAUAAAGUUACACCAUCAUCAUCAUCAUCCUUCAGUCUAUCACGUAAACCUGAUAAAACAAAAUCAUCAGCUACUGAAAAAGCACAGAACUCCUAUCGAGCUCAAGUAGAACGUAUUACUAAUAUGCUUGCUGAAACUCAAAAUCUCCUCCAAGAACGUUCGUCUAGUAAACUGAAUGAAUUAGCUAUAGAAAACAGUGAUAAUAUUAUUGAUUAUAAUAACGGCAACAACAGUAAUGCAGUUGCUCUUAAAGCUUAA